AUGAACGCCUCCGAGUACGACGAAGACGUCGCUGUCCCGCAUGACCCGUACACGGACCAAGACGCCGACGGCCCCGUGAAGCUCUUCGUGGGUCAAGUGCCUCGUACCAUGGAAGAAGACGAGCUGCGGCCGGUGCUCGAGGUCUUUGGCUCGCUCGAAGACCUCGUGAUCAUCCGCGACAAGCUCACCGGCGCCCAUCGCGGCUGUGCUUUUGCCUCGUACUUUACGCAGGAAGCCGCGGGAAAAGCGGUCCAAGAGCUCCACAAUAAAGUCGUGCUGCCUCAGAGUCUGAACCCGCUGCAGGUCCGACCCGCGGAGGGCCAAGCAGGCGCGUCGCAGGAGCACAAACUCUUUAUCGGGAUGAUCCCGAAAGGAGCGGACGAAGGCGCGAUCCGGCACGUGUUCGAGCUCUUUGGCGCGAUUGAAGAGGUCUAUAUCUUACGCCACCCGGCCACGGGACAGAGCAAAGGCUGCGCGUUCCUCAAGUUCCAGGACCGCGCGUCGGCGCUUGCAGCUAUUGAACAAGUCAAUGGCAUCGUCACGAUGGACCGCGGCACGGCGCCGCUCGUUGUCAAGUUUGCCGACAGUCGACGACAGCGGCUUCAGCGUGCCCGGAACUUGGCAGCAGCGGCAGCAGCCACGGCGUAUUGGCCGCUACCUCCUGGUGCUGGCAUGGCGUUCCCACAGCUGCAACAGCUGCAGCAGCAGUACAUGCAGCAGAUGCAGGCGUUUGGCGCACAGGCGGCAGCAGCAGCAGCCGCAGGGAUUAAUCCUGCAGGUGCAGGUCUUGGAUCGUCUGCUGAAGCUGCUGCUGCUGCUGGAGGUGCGAGUCCGACGAACUCUUUCAUGUACUAUAACCCGUACACUGGCUUUGCUGCUGGUGCGGCUGGGAGCCCGUAUGGAUUCGGCGGGCCGUUGAAUGGCGGCGGCAGCGGUGUAAACUUUGACAUGCCGCCAAGUAGCAUGGGGGCUGCAGGCAUGGACAUGCCGGGUCAGGGUGUCGAAGCAGCAGCCAAGGCUUCGCGCGCGACCAGUCAGUUGGAAGGUCCCGCAGGUGCCAAUUUGUUUAUCUACCACUUGCCGCACGACUUGACAGAUGCAGAUCUCGCGACUGCAUUUGCGCCGUUUGGUACUGUUAUCAGCGCCAAGGUCUAUAUGGACAAGAUCACGGGGGAGAGCAAAGGCUUUGGCUUUGUGAGCUAUGACAGCGCCGACGCGGCCGAUGCAGCUAUUGCCAGCAUGAAUGGAUUCCAGAUCGGGACUAAGAGGCUCAAAGUUCAGCAUAAGCGGAUCCAUCAGCGGAGCGACUACCUUGGUGUCGGCGGCGACAGCUUUGGUGGUCAUGACGACGAGCUUGCGAGCAUGGAGUACCACCACCAGACGCAGCACCAGGGGAUGUAUGACUUUGAUGACGGUCUGCAUUCGCACAGUGAGGAGAGCGUUGCUUCCAACUCGAACGGAGCGGCCGAAAGUCAUAACGGUGUCGACACGUCUUUAGACGAGGCCGUGGAGAAGUUACGCAUUGACGCCUAA